AUGGAGCGCACGCCGCCCGACGGGCCGCUGAACGCGUCGGGGGCGCUGGCGGGCGAGGCGGCGGCUGCAGGCGGGGCGCGCGGCUUCUCCGCCGCCUGGACCGCGGUGCUGGCAGCGCUCAUGGCGCUGCUUAUCGUGGCCACGGUGCUCGGCAACGCGCUGGUCAUGCUCGCUUUCGUGGCCGACUCGAGCCUCCGCACCCAGAACAACUUCUUUCUGCUCAACCUCGCCAUCUCCGACUUCCUCGUGGGGGCCUUCUGCAUCCCACUCUAUGUGCCCUACGUGCUGACUGGCCGCUGGCCCUUUAGCCGGGGUCUCUGCAAACUGUGGCUGGUGGUGGACUAUCUGCUCUGCACGUCCUCUGUCUUCAACAUCGUGCUCAUCAGCUACGACCGCUUCCUGUCGGUCACCCGCGCUGUGUCCUACCGGGCCCAGCAGGGCGACACACGGCAGGCGGUGCAGAAGAUGGUGCUGGUGUGGGUCCUGGCCUUCCUGCUGUACGGGCCUGCCAUCCUGAGCUGGGAGUACCUGUCGGGGGGCAGCUCCAUCCCAGAGGGCCACUGCUAUGCCGAGUUCUUCUACAACUGGUACUUCCUCAUCACGGCCUCCACACUCGAGUUCUUCACGCCCUUCCUCAGCGUCACUUUCUUCAACCUGAGCAUCUACCUGAACAUCCAGAGGCGCACCCGCGUCCGGCUGGAUGGGGUGCGGGACCCCGAGCCUGCACCUGAUGCCCAGUCCUCGCCCCCAGCGGCUGCGCCCGGCUGCUGGGGCUGCUGGCACAAGGGGCGAGGGGAGGCCAUGCCGCUGCAUAGGUACGGGGUCGGGGUGGGCGAGGCAGUCCCUGGCACUGAGGCCGGGGAGGUGGCCCUCGGGGGCGGCAGCGGUGGGGGCGCCGUGGCCUCGCCCACCUCCAGCUCCGGCAGCUCCUCCCGGGGCACAGAGCGGCCGCGCUCGCUCAAGCGGGGCUCCAAGCCCUCGGCGUCCUCUGCAUCCCUGGAGAAGCGCAUGAAGAUGGUGUCCCAGAGCAUCACCCAGCGCUUCCGGCUGUCGCGGGACAAGAAGGUGGCCAAGUCGCUGGCCGUCAUCGUGAGCAUCUUCGGGCUCUGCUGGGCCCCCUACACACUCCUGAUGAUUAUCCGGGCCGCCUGCCAUGGCCACUGCGUCCCUGACUACUGGUAUGAGACAUCCUUCUGGCUGCUGUGGGCCAACUCCGCUGUCAACCCUGUCCUCUACCCCCUGUGCCACUACAGUUUCCGACGAGCCUUCACUAAGCUGCUCUGCCCCCAGAAGCUUAAGGUGCAGCCCCAUAGCUCCCUGGAGCGCUGCUGGAAGUGAGCGGGCUUCCCGGGCACCUGGGAGGCCGGGACAGGGCCCUCCCACUG